CACUCUUCUAUUGUAAGGACCUCUUUUUUAAAAAUCAAAAUCACUCUUUUAGCUCUGUUAUUUGCUUCGAAUUAAUUAUUUUGACCAUCAAAAUCAACACCCAAGCUCACCUUGCAUCCUCCCAAAGUGAAUUUCGUUCCUCCACCCACCGCCCGCAGCCCCCGCCGAAAAUGUCCGACACCGAGGAACCGGCCUCCCGCUUCAUUGACCAGUACAAAAACCAGGGCCGAACGGAUGCUAUCCUACAGGCGGAACGGAGGCAACGGCUGCUCGAAAAGCAGAAGCGUUCCCGCGACCUGGAGCUGGAUGCCGGUCGGCCUGGUUUACUCGAAGAGCUCGCCGCGGAACCGGAACCACCAUCCGGCGACGAUUCGAUGGAAUGCCAAUCGGCCCCGACACGUGCCAAGAAACGGGUCCGCAUCAUCACCUCGAAACUGUUCGCCAACAAGGUGCAGCUGUCCGAGUGGAUGCACGAACGGCCGGACGAUCUCGACAGCUGGUUGGUUCGGCCGUGCCCGGUAGGGCAGCGCUGCUUGCUAGUCUUCCGGCAGCGGAUCGCGAUCGCGUUCAGCAAGCGCGGCCGCUCGAUUGCGUCCGUCCGCACCAAGCUGAACCUGCGCGAUGCGAUCGUGCUCGACUGCAUCCUUGCCAAGGAUCGCACCUUUUACAUACUUGACGCUCUGGUGCUGGCCCAGGUAGAUCUAGUCAGCUGCGAGUGUCAGUUCCGGUUCGCCUGGAUCGAGUCGAAGUAUCACGAGAACGGGCUGGCGGAACUCCUCGACAAGAAGACGGCGAACGGGAAGGAAGGGUUCCGGUUAGCCUUACUCCCAUCGUACGAUCUGGCCGAUCCGGCGGCGAUGGAGCGCUGCUGGUCACACUAUCCCGCGUUCCCAGACGAUAGUCCCCGGCUCGACGGCUACCUGUUCUACCACAAACAGUCCCAGUACGUGUACGGCAAGACACCGCUCGUUGUGUGGCUGUUUGCGUUUAUGCUGCAGGAUGUACUGCGGCUACCUCCGGGCGUGGUAAACGGACGGCACCUGGCGGACAAACCGGCCCGUUACACCGGAAACUAUGCGGCGUACAUUGAAGAGUUCGACCGGAUGCAGGCUAACCGGCGGCGAAUGCCACGCAACAAGGGGAAGAAACCACAGCAGAUGGACACGACGACUGGCGAAUCGGGUGGCCAGGCUGAUGUGACGCCGGAUGCAACGCUCUGGGAAGCGAUGGAAGCAGCACCGCUCGAUUCGGAUGAUGACGAUUUGUGCCCCACCCGGGAGGAGGAUGCAAUGCGGGCACUCGAGAUGGAGUAGAGGACGUAGAGUCGCCUAAUUUAAUAACGCAAUCCAAUCGGACUAACUUUUGUGUAUGUUUGUAAAUAUAGUAACACGUGACGAAAAAACUUAACGGCAGAAUAAUAUUUAUUUCAAC